AUGCGAGACCUCAUCCUCAAUCUGUCAUGGCUGAUGAUCAUCAUCGCCUUUUUCGUCUUCCUCUCCUUGAAGCUCGGAUUGACUGCUGGAUACGGAAGAUACACAAACAGCGACCAUUGGGGACUGCCGGCCUCCAUCGCCUGGUUCGUCCAAGAGGCGCCGUCAUUCUUCAUUCCGCUCUACUUUAUGUUCCUAGCGACUAGUCCCUGCGGAGCCUUCCUGAACCUGCUCUUCCUUGCUCAUUACUUCAACCGGUACGUGAAUUUUGAACAGGUUCCAACUGAUCAGAAUGAAAUUGUCUUGGUUCAGAGCUAUCGUCUACCCGUAUAGACUCCGCUCGAACACCACCUCUCCAUUGUACAUCAUGCUUUCCGCAGUUGUCUUCUGCGCCUACAAUGGAUUCAUUCAAGGAGCCUGGAAUUCACUUUACCAGGAAUGCGACGACUCCAAGUUCUUUUACAUUCUCGGUAAGUAGGAUUAAUUUCAGUACUUUAGAAUACGGGGACUUUCAGGUGCUCAGAUUUUCCUCAUCGGAAUGUACAUCAACUGGCGUGCCGACGCCAUUCUGCGGAAUUUGAGAGCCCCCGGAGAGACUGGAUACAAGAUCCCGAACGGAUUCCUCUACGACUACAUCACCUGCCCUAACUACUUCGGAGAGAUCGUGGAAUGGAUCGGAUACGCAAUCGCUGCCCGGAGCCUUCCCGCCGUCGCCUUUGCCAUCUUCACCAUCGCCAACAUCGGCCCGAGAGCUUUCAGCCAUCACCAGUGAGUUGAUUUCUCAUUGCUACUAGCAAACUCUUCCAAUUUUCAGGUGGUACAAAGAGAAGUUCCCCGAGUAUCCGAAGGAGCGCAAGGCCCUGAUCCCUCUCUUCUUGUGA